AUGUUCCACGAAAAUUUCGGCCUCGAACGCGGAAAACUACAGCCUCCCAGUAUUGACGGCCCCGGAGUUACCAGAGGACCAAAAGGUGAAUAUAUAUUUAGCCACAUACGAAGAUGGGUUGUCGUCAGACAACGAAAAGGCUAUAGCAUGUGUGUGCCCAUCAACUCUUAUCGACAACAAGGCGUUUCGGGGAGGAGAGUCGGCAAUGACGGGGCCCAAGCGCAUGCGAUCGUCUACUCAAGCCGUUGGAAGGAUCCACCUGCAGCCUUGCCUGGAGAGCCCCGGUUCAAGAAGAAGCCCAUCGCCGUCGACCUCAUGAACAACCAGGAGCUGAGCAAUACGAGCCGAAUCCAUUUCGGAAAAAUUCACAGCAUCGAACACAACAUCAAAGUGAUGAAUAUUGGUUAUGUUGCCCAACGUUCGAUGGCUGACUUUCAAACAUACUGGAAAGAAGAGUUUGCUCGUUAG